GCUGGAAGAGUUUUAGUAGAAGUUUUUAGGCAGAAGCACAUCUACACAGCUAAGAAUGAGGCCAUGCUGCAGUUAAAUUAUGUUAGCUUAUGCUUAAAUAAUCACUUUUAUCUACGGCAUUUUGGUUAUCUAUGUUUAUCUUUAACUGAAAAAAGCUUUGUCUUGUGUUUCCAUACUGUACUUAAACCCCCCAGCCCCCCAAGCCUCCAAUCAACCCCCCACCUGAGUUUUUUGUCCCUGACAUAGUGACCUAGCAUGAAGAUGUUUUUUUGAAAAGAGACUAUUCCAUCCAGAUAAGGGUGUCUGCUGACUGCUGUAUGUGAAUGUAAUUAUCAUGACUCCUUUUAUUUUAUUCAGUUUCUGCUCAGAACAUUAAAUCCUGUUCUUCUCUUCUAGCUCUCUUGUUAAGGGGCUGUCUUUAAGUUUGUGCUGACCAUUAGAUAGACAAAAUCACUCCUAUCCCUGGCCAGUCAAAACCCUCCACAUACUUGGACAACUUAACAAUUGUAUAUAUGCUCAUACCUCUGAAUAAACUUUGAGAGAUCUUGACAUCUAAAUAAGUCGUCUAUGUCUCUUUUGGCAACUCUCCCAGGAUCCUGAGGAAACAUGCAGCAGGGUGAUUUCUAUAGAAUCUCUCUGAUUAGAGAAUCUUUUCCUGACAGAUCAUUUAGAAGACGUUGUUUGGAGAGAUAUUCUUUAACCAGGGAGUUAUCCGGUCAUUUAGAGGGCAAAACCUAUGUUGUUGGUCGUAGGUGUGCAUUUAACUUAUACACUGUACUCUUGUCAUGUUCUGUGGAAUUGGUCAAUCCAAAUUCAAACCUGAUGAUUACAUGUAUUACAAGGGUUAUGGUCUUAAGAUUGAAUAGUUGUCUUUGCAUCCCAGUGGGGCAGUGGAUUGUUUUAUGUAAUAAAUUAACCACUUUGAAGACAUAUAAAAAUAGUGGCAAUAAAGUGUUUCAAGUGUCAUGUAUGCAAGUUGAUGUACAUACACAAUGUAUGAAUAACUGAGUCUAUGAAUGAAUUUAUGGAGAAAAAAAACCUGCAGUAGUUUAUGCAUGAAUUUGUACUGAAGAAAAUUUGUCCUUGCCCGAAACCUAUGCUUGUAAACUGGGGAGCUGACAUUUUCUUGUGUGAGGAAUGAAAGAUGACUUGACUGUAUAACUUUUUAUUUACUACUUUCUCUCACAGGGGACCGAGGAAGCGGGGCAGUGGGUUGUUUCAUGUAAUAAAGUAAGGAAGCGGGUUUCUUGGCUGGUUCCAUCCUAAUUCAAAAAGUACUAGCGAAGUGAAUGACACUUCGGGCAAGGGACUCGAGCUAGUUUUGAACAAGUAUAUGAAGCAGUCACGUGAUUGUGUGUUGCCGCUGAGCUUGGUCCGUGCGUCACAGAAUCGGUUCGGAACAUCACGUCACAAAGUUCAGAAAAAUCCUGUUGCUAUAGCUUCAGUUUGUGAACAUACACCGAGCUACGUGUUUACGUCUUUAGAGUUGACGAUUGAAAACACACAUUAUGGUAAGUAUAAAUAUAGUCAAACAAUAAAUAUGAUUAAUUAUUAACAUUUAUUUUAGAGAUAAAUAUAUUAUUAAUCAAUAUAUAUACAGUUUAAAGAGUUAAAUGUAUUUGAUAGCUAACGGGCUAGCUUUCGAUGAUCAUUAGCUAUACUACAAACCGCUAGAUUGCUAAAUAACAUUAGAGUCUAGUCUAGCCUUGUGUUGUUAAAUGUGUGUUUGAAGUUUAAAAAUGAAAUUGAGUCUUAUUAAGGCUAAAACGUUGUUUUUUAAUGUUUCAGCCACCAAAAAAGGACACAAAGUCUGUGAAAGGAAAGUCUGUGACUGCAGUCAACGGACUUUCUUCAAAGAAGGAACAGCCACCAAAAAAGGACACAAAGUCUGUGAAAGGAAAGUCUGUGACUGCAGUCAAUGGACUUUCUUCAGAGAAGGAACAGCUGGAAGAACAGAUUAUCCAGCUGCGUGUGGAGCUGGAGCAGGAACGAGAACAGAGUGAUUAUUACCAGCAUGAGAGAGACAAGAUACAUGCUAUUUGGGAGGUCACCAAAAGUCAACUGGAGGAGAAGAAAGCUGUCAUCAGGAUCAGGGAACACGAAUUGGAAGUAGCUGAAGAGCGCCAUCAGGCUGAAAUCAAGAUGUACGAGAAGAAAGAAAAAUGCUUGCUCUACGAACAACAAAAUCGCCUUACAGAACUUAAGGCAGAAGAAGUGGCUGCCACCAAACUCCGGGAGAAAGAGCAGACAGACCUGGAGAAUGAGCUGCGGAGAGGCAUGCGCAGCCUGAAAAUGCAGCUGAAAGAACAGAAGUCCUCCUAUGAGAACUACAUCAAGAACCUAAAACUGAGCCACGAUAAGGAACUCACAAAGCUGAGAAAUGAAUUUGAGGAGAGAGUACAAGUAAUCAAGGCUGCAUGUGCGAAUGACUUGAAAAAACAGCGACAGGAGCAAGACCUGAGGCAAAAGACUGAGCUCCAUGAAAUCAAGCAAAGGAAGAGCGCCCACUCUAACACACUGAUAAAAAACCACGAGAAAGCUUUCACUGAUAUGAAGAAUUUUUACAGUGAUAUCACUCGUAGGAACGUUGACCAAAUCAGCUCACUUCAGGAGCAAGUGGAGGAGAUGAAGAAAAACGAGAUGAUCCUGAAGAGUGAGAUGGCUGCAGUGCGGAAGGAGAACAAGCGUCUGACUGGGCAGCAGAAAGCCACGGAAGAAGUGUCUGAGCUAAAGAAGCAGCUUGCAAUCUAUAAACAGGACAAAGCCUUACAGGCCAGAGCGAGAACACAUCUCAAAGUUUUGGAGAAAGAGGUGAAGGACCUGAAAUACCACAAUGAAGUGCUGGAGCAGUUACUCAAUGAGAUGCAGCAGGAGCGCGAUGAACUCAACCAGAACUGCAACAAGGCCAUCCUGGAGGUGCAGCAGAAAAGCAGCUUUAAGAACCUGCUUCUGGAGAGGAAACUGGACACUCUUACAGACCUUAUGGAGAAGAAAGAUGCACAGCUUGAUGAGGCCAGACGCAUGAAUACUCUGGUGGAAAGAAUGAAGGCUGACAUCCAAAAGGGCUGUGACUUCCUCAAUCACCCAAAGAUGCUGAAAGAUCACUACAAGAAACUCCAAAGCUACAUCCUUGAAGAAGAAAAUGUCCAGCAAAUGUUGAUCAACAGUAUCCCUGGAGACGUCACUGAAGAAAUCCCUACAGGAGUCCAUAGGUGUGGUCAAGCAACAGCGCACAGAAAUGCUAAGGAGAAACUGGAUAAAAGACGAGGACAGCCUCGUUUAUCAGGCGUUGUACGACUUCCACCCAUUUAAAAAGAUUUAGAACACCAGAUGAUCACCAGGAACAUGUCAAAUUCUGAGAUAUCCUCUAGUUUAUAGGUAUGGGCAUUCCGAGACCAGAGAGCUACUUUUUUCAGGAACGUACUUGCCAAGUACCAUUUAGGUCCAUCAUUGUGCUCCCUGGUCAAGACACCUGAGUUAAGGGGUUGAUUCUGGGGCAGGUUUUGUUGGGUGGUUUGGAGGGUUUGGACCAGGAGUGCUCCACUUAAGGGAGUGAGCCUUAAUGACCCUUUAUCUCUUGGGGAGUGGAGAUGAUGAAGCAGAGGACAGUGUGGGGGACUUGUUUAGAGUAUUUGUACCCUGAGCUUUCAGGAGUUGUAACAGCUCGCUCACUUUAGUGGAGAUUUGAACCCUGAGAUUUCAGGAGUGCUCUGCUAAAGUGUGCAAGCUGUAACGACCCUUCAACUGGUGGGCGGUGGGGGGUGUUGUUUAGAAGAUUUGAACCCUGAGCUUUCAGGAGUGCUCCGCUAAAAUGUGCAAGCUGUAGCGACCCGUCAACUCCUGGGGGGGUGGGGG